CACUCUCGAGACCACCCACGUCUUCUUGCCAUUGCGCGCGCUCGCAUCGUCGCGCAGACGCAUUGAUACUCGCGAUGCGUGCAGAAGGCCUCACAGCACUGAGCCGCGCGAAAUUGCUAUCCAAAGCGCCCGUACUGCCGCGCUGUGCAGCGAAGCAGCUCGGCCACCAACGAAGGCACCGCUCGACCGCGACGCCAGACUCCAAACUCGCAGAGCUCAGUCCUCGAUGGCUAUCAGACGUAAAGCAGAGAUUGGGAUACUGUAUCACGUGGGGUCUGAAGCCUGAUCAAACGCAAGAAGCUGGGAAGAUACUACAAGAGAUCGCCCGCGACUGGCGGGACUUGCUCGCCGGACGUGAAGGCUUUCUCACGAGUAAGCAGAGGCGGAGCACCUUUCGACAACAAGUCGUGUGGGGUGAGCAGGACUCCAUGGGCCAUGUCAACAAUGUGGUAUACAACCGAUACGCUGAGACAGGGAGAGUGGACUGGUUUUUGAAAUUGGCCCGCGUGGACCCAUUCAAUGCUGAAGCCUGGAGGACGAUUCUGACGCCAAAGGACCUCGGUCUGCUGUUGAAAAGCAUUCGAACCGACUUCAAGUUUCCUAUGAAAUAUCCCGAUCACGUUUCAAUAUAUCAUAAGCUCGGCACGGAGCCAGUCGAAGGGACCGACUCGUUCAUCAUGGAUGUGAUGAUUCUGUCGGAAGUGCAUCAGCGACCGGCGGCGAGGUGCGUGGAAGACUGUGUGCUGUACGACUAUAGGGUGGCCAAAAAGACGCCUCUGCGUCCCUUUAUGCUUGAUGUUCUACGGGAGACGUGGAAGCUGCAGGAGGAGACCAAGCGGAUCAAUAGCCAGCGAGUUGUGGCGCUUCUGGACAGGGUGCGUAAGCUUGAGAAGGACUCGUGGGACCGAGAAGGUGCUGUGGAAGAUCUGGGUAGUGCGAGCAGCUGAGCGUCCCGAUGGUAAGCUUCCUACUGCGUAAUCGCAGGUGGCGAUUGUGCUGCUGCUGGCCGCGACCAUACAGAGCAGCUGGUCGAUAGAUGAGAUGUUUUGUUUGAAACAGCGACCAACGCACAGUGUUCGGCACACUUGCUGCAGACAGGCGAGAGUUUGAUCUCCCGGCUGCCAAUUACAGCAGGUCGCAGCACGCCUUGCUCUCUGGAAGCAGCAGAGCAAGCUCGAUCAAGCCUCAAGCUCCAGAUCCUUCGUGGAGGAUCGAAACACAGCGCAUUAG